AUGGACGUCAGUCAACCCAUGUCUUCCUCGGAUUGUAGCCUACUGACAUCCAAGGAAAGAGAUCAGGGCGGCGUUGAUGAUCCUAAGCAAAGCGCCUGCGGUAUCCCUCAUAAUGCCUACUACACCAGCCACGUAGCGAUUCAUCCAUAUUGGUUGAAGUAUGCACCUCUCGAUCGUGAGUCUCUGGGCCCAGCACAAUCGAUGCAAGUACUGAUGGCAAAUAAAGGAUAUUGCCGUCCUGACAUGUGUAUCUCUUUCUGGACGGAAGACUGGAAGACAGACAUGAUGCUCAAAGUCACCGACAUCUGCAGCACGGACCCCAGCAAACCGAAUUCAUGUCAGCAGCCCGGCGACAUCAAGAUCGACCGCACGAAGGUGAAAAUUUGGUCGGGCAGUGGGGGUGACAGUCGCCCAGCUGAGCAGAUUCCCGGGUUGGAUGGAGAUGCUUUCAAAGACCCAACGAUAUGGUUCUUCAGAUCUUGUUGGGACGAUGGCAUGAUUCAGCCCCCUUACGAUCACGACGGCAACCAUUUUGCCAUGCCCAAAUUCUACAAUAAUCUAGACCAGACAGGCGACUUUGCUUCCGACCAGAUGAGAAUCAACCAAGUCAUGUAUCCCGAGAACAUGAGAUACGCCAAUUGCGCCUACAACACCUCCUGCCAAGGCGAUGCAAUCCAAUCCUACCCCGACUGGACCGCCAACUCCGCAGAGCCAGACUGGUCACCCAUCUGCGGCGGGCAAGGUUUCUCCGGCAAACCCGCCUCCUCGUCGUCCAACUGUCCCACCACAUCCGGGGAGGGCGCGACAGCGGACCUCUCAGGCCAACAGAAGGAGAUCGAUGCUUGUAAAGCCAUGGCUGAGCAGGUGGAGCAGACGAGGGAUGGGGAGGGUACUUUCGCGGGCAUGGCUGGUGCGAGUGGUGGUAAUGGAACUACUGCUGUGGGCGGUGCAGCGGGAGGAACGAAUGGGACGGGUGGCACAGCUACGAACGGAACUUCUAGCACAACAACUAUCGGUGGAACAUCAAACAGCAACGGUACAGACUAUAUCGGCAGCGACGUCUGCGGCAACGGCGGUUGCACCAGCUUGCAGGACUAUUGCUCCCAUGUUCUCGCGAACGGGGCUACGGACCCGAAAUGUAGUGGUCUACCCGCUUCGUCGCAGCCUGCGGGUGGACAGAACGCUGCUGCGACUGGAUUACCUGCUAGUGGCGGGGGUGGAAGUACAGGGGGUGGGAGCACGGGUGAUGUUACUGCUGGGGGAGGUGGUUCUGGUUCUGGUGGUGAUGCCUCUACUGGCACUGGCUCAGGGUCUGGCUUAGGGUCUGGCUCUGGCACGAGCUCCUCUCUUCCUUCCACUUCCUCCUCCUCUUCUUCCCCCUCAGGCAGCAACUUUGACUCCGAUUCCAGCACUGGCACUGGCUCCGGCACAAACACGUCCACUGGCAUUGAAGCUUCCACCAACUCUGGCUCUGGCUCCUCAUCCUCGUCAUCUGCCCUCAACGGUAGCGAUAGCAGCUACAACCCCUCCACCAACGCUGCUUCAGGCAACACCACCCUGCCCACCACCACCACCGACAACACCCCCUCAAACGCAGACACAAGCCAAGCCGCCCGCGAGUCCGCACAACACGCUGCCGACUACGCCGCGCAGCAGGCCCGAGAAGCGCAACAGCAUGCAGCGGACUUAGCUGCGCAGCAGUUGAGGGAGAGUGCGGAACAUGCUGCUGCUGGAGGAGGAGGAAGUGGAAGCGGGGGUAGUGGGGAUGGAACUGCUAGCACGACAGGCAGUGGAGCGGCUCAGAACGGAAUUGACGGGAUUGGUGCUACUGGCAGUGGAGCGGCUCAGAACGGAACCGAUGGGAUUGGUGCUAGCGGUGCAUGCACUGCAGGCACGACAGCCGUUCAGAACGUCACCGAUAUCGUUAGUGUUGGAGCAAGCAGCCAGAACAGCACCUCCUCCCCCUCCUCCACCCCCACUCCCGCUCCCGCUCCCAGCUGUAAUAGCAACUCCACCGCCACCUCCACCACGUCCUCUACCUCCAACCCAACAACAACAACAGCAGGAUCCCCCCUCGGCAUCGCAGCAGCAGCAGCGCGGCUUCCUCGGCCUGCUCAGGGGGCGGGAAAGGGGGUGGGGAAUGGCAAGGGGAAGGUCGAUUGUAGCGGUGGGUAUGAGGCGAUGGUAGCCUCGGGGGACGCGGGGGCUUGUUAUGCGGGGGAAUUUCGAUGA